AUGAUGUAUGAUGAUAUUGCCCACAACCCGAUGAACCCAUAUCCAGGCAAAAUUUUUAACGUACCAGGUGGCGAGAAUGUUUACGCUGAUAUUGAAAUCGAUUAUUCCGGGAUACACGUUACUCCGGAAAAUUUCUUGGCCAUAUUGACUGGCAAUAAAAGCGCUGUGGUCGGAGGCAGCGGUCGAGUAAUCGAAAGCACUUAUCAUGAUCGAAUAUUUGCGUAUUUCACCGAUCAUGGUGGUGUAGGGAUAUUAACAGUCAAGGAUUUAAAUAACGCUUUGAAACGAAUGCACAAAUUAAAGAAAGUUGGAAAGCUCGUGUUCUACAUGGAGGCAUGUGAAAUAUACGCAGUGACAGCAGCAAACACUCACGAAAGUUCAUGGGGAUGCUACUGCGACAAUGCUAUGCAGCUACCCUGUCUUGGCGAUUGCUUUUCCGUAAAUUGGAUUGUCGAUUCUGAGAAGGUUCCAUCUAAUCACAUUUUCUAG